CCAAACGAGCACAAACUCGUCGUCCACACCUCGUUGAGGACGCCAUUUGCCGCCAUCUGUCGUCCUGUGGUGAACGUGAGUAUUGCUUGACUUAUUUUCCUAUAUUUUCAGACUUAAUUUUGCAAUUUCUUGAAUCCCAAGGUUUUUCUUAGUAGAUAAGACAGAAGCCGUACGUUAUUCCUGUUGCUGUGAAGUAAAAAACCCUGAUUUUUUCGAUGCUGCAGGAAAAAUUUGACAGUCUUAGUAUAACUGCACUCGGUCAAAGAAGUGAUGGAUACAGCAGGAACAUCAGGGUAAGUUUCAAGCGUUUUUAUAUCAAAUGUAAGUUGUAUUAUUUAAACCGCAUUGAUAACAGUUUUGUAAUCAAUGCUGUCAGGAUUUUUAUGAAGUUUUGUUCGUCUUUGAAAGUCUAAACUAUUCGUGUAAAUACAUUUGAGGUAAGAAUCCACCUUAGCUAAACUCUGAAUAAACUUACCUCACUUUUUUGCUGAUAUAAAAGCCCCCUCAAAGCCAAGUUGUUGUAGUCGUUAAUUUUUGCUCAUGAAGAUUUUUUUAAAUCGUUCUAUAGUCAUGUUUUACGCUAUACUGAUUUUCACCUCGAGAAAAAAAGUUUAUUUACAAAUAAUUUUUACUGCAGCACAGAAAUCAUUUUAAGCAAUUAAUAUGGAAUCAAAAGUUUGUAAGCUUACCAGUAUUAACACUGACUGUAAAAAUAUAAUUAUUGGCACUUUUUAUUCAGAAAUUAUUCCAUGAAGUGGUCAGAAGAGCACGAUCUCAUGCUAUGCAGAGAAGUUCUUGUCAUGAAAACAUUCAAGCACCCAAAGCAAAGUAGAGAGAGAGGAGAAAUCUGGGGAGAAAUAGCACAAAACUUAAAUGGGCUCAGUGUACCCAAAUUCACUGUAAGAACGCGGUCUGUUAGGGACAGGCUCACUCUUUUGCUGAGGAAGUACAAAGAAAAGGUGAGAAACGAAGAGAAGGGUUCUGGCAUGAAAUGUGACGAGGAAACAGAAUUGGAGAUGGCAUUGUCUGAAAUCAUAGAAAAAGAACAGGCAGCUGGUUUAGAAAGGAAAGAAAACACGAACACUCUUACCAAGAAGAAUGAAAACGACAAGGCUUCAGCCGAAGAAAGUAGGUUGAAGGCCUUGGAGCGCCUGGGGCAAACAAAAAAGAGGAAUGCCGAUUCAUGUGAUGAAGUUAUCAAACCAAAAAGCAGAAGAAGUACCACUGAAGCUGUGCAAAUUCCAAAAGAAAAAUUUGAGAAUGAGAAGGAAUUCCGGAAGGAAGAAAUGGAAUUGAAGAAGAAAGAGCAAGAAAAUAAAGCAGCUCAGCAUCAAAUGCUGAUAGAUCAGCAGAGGCAGAACCAGCAACAGUACCAAGAUGUAAGGAAGAUGAUGGCUGAACAGCAGCAGAGGCAGGAACAGCAGCUACAGAACUUUCAAAUGCUUUUCCUGCAGCAGCAACAACAACAGAGUCAGAUGUUAAUGAGUUUAUUUGAAAAAGUAAUGCCCAAAUCCUCAUAA